CCUAAGGCUCAAGAGAGCUGCCUUGGGUGGUGUGGAUGGAGUCUCUACUGCAUGUGCCCCACUUGCACUGUGGCUGAGGGAUCCCAAAAGGGAGGAGACAUUUGUUCGAGCUCGGUUUUGGAAGAGGAGCCACCCAAGAGAACCUCCCAUCUUCUGAUUUUGGUUCGGGCCAGGCGGUGCCUGCAGCAGUUGCGCUUGCGUGCGCCCGCCCUGCUAGUAAAUCCGCCUUUUCCGGCAGGGUCUGCGGGGCGGAGCAGUGCCGUCAAGAUGGCAGCGCCCGAGGAGGUAGUUUUCCCACAAAAACCUAGCCACAAAAUAUACAGGGCUGCUCUGAAGAAGGAGAAAAGAAAGAAACGUCGGCAGGAACUCGCUCGAUUGAGAGACUCAGAUGCAAGCAGCAUGAACUUAAGCAGCCAGUACAGUCCUUGGACACAUAGACUCUCACAGGAGGAAGAGGAAGAUGCUUCUAUUGAAGAACAACAACUAGAAGAGAAGUUGUUGGAGAGAGAAAGGCAAAAAUUGCAUGAAGAGUGGUUGCUGAGGGAGCAGAAGGCACAAGAAGAAUUCAGAAUAAAAAAGGAAAAGGAAGAGGCAGCUAGGAAACGUCAGGAAGAGCAAGAGAGAAAGUUAAAGGAAGAAUGGGAAGAACAGCAGAGAAAAGAGAGAGAAGAGGAGCAGCAAAAACUACAGGAGAAGAGAGAAAGAGAGGAAGCCGUGCAGAAGAUGCUGGAUCAGGCUGAAAAUGAGUUGGAAAAUGGUGCUACAUGGCAAAACCCAGAACCACCCAUGGAUUUAAGAAUAAUGGAGAAGGAUCGAGCUAAUUGUCCAUUCUACAGUAAAACAGGAGCUUGCAGAUUUGGAGAUAGGUGUUCACGUAAACAUAAUUUUCCAACAUCAAGUCCCACCCUUCUUAUUAAAAGCAUGUUUACAACAUUUGGAAUGGAACAGUGCAGGAGAGAUGACUACGACCCUGAUGCAAGCCUGGAGUACAGUGAAGAGGAAACCUACCAGCAGUUCCUAGAUUUCUAUGAUGAUGUGCUCCCCGAGUUUAAGAAUGUGGGGAAAGUCAUUCAGUUCAAGGUCAGCUGCAACCUGGAGCCUCACCUCAGGGGCAACGUGUAUGUUCAGUACCAGUCGGAAGAAGAAUGCCAAACCGCCUUUUCUCUUUUUAAUGGACGAUGGUAUGCAGGACGACAGCUUCAGUGCGAAUUCUGCCCAGUGACCCGGUGGAAAAUGGCGAUUUGUGGUUUAUUUGAAAUACAACAGUGUCCAAGAGGAAAACACUGCAACUUUCUUCAUGUGUUCAGAAAUCCCAAUAAUGAGUUUUGGGAAGCUAACAGAGACAUCUACCUGUCUCCAGAUAGGACUGGCUCCUCAUUUGGUAAGAACUUGGAGAGGAGAGAGAGGACGGGCCACCAUGAUGAAUACUAUGGCAGGCUAAGGAGGAGAAGAAGCCCCAGUCCAGACCGUUCCUAUAAGAGAAAUGGGGAAUCUGAGAGGAAAAGGAGAAGGAGUCACAGGGGGAAGAAAUCUCACAAACACACAUCAAAGAGUCGUGAAAGGCACAGUUCCCGAAAUAGAGGAAGAAAAAGGGACCGCAGCCGGGGCAGAGGCAGCAGGAGGAGCCGGAGCCGGACCCGGAGCCAGAGCCAGAGCCAGAGCUGCAGGAGCCACAGGAGCCGGAGCAGGAGCAGGAGCCAGAGCUCAUCUAGGUCCAGGAGCCAUGGCCCCAGGAGGUCAAGUAGUAGAGACAGAACUACUCAGAGUCCCAAAUCCAAAUAAACCUGUUUUGUUCUUAAA